AUGCCAAAGCUGGGAGAGUCGAGCCGGCGGGAUCAGACUCUUCGCGCGUUCUGCCUGGUGCUGAUCGUGGUACAGAACUCGUCGCUGAUCCUCGUGACGAGCUACUCGCGCACGCUCCGGCCCGCGUACCUCCCGACCGUCGCCGUCUUUUACGCCGAGUGCCUAAAGUUCGCGGCGGCGGUGCUGCUGCUCGCGGCGGAGGAGAGCUCGCUGCGGAGAGCGGUGUCGCUGGUCGCCGCGCUGCCCUUCGAGCACGGCUCGACGACGCUCCUCUUCGCCGUCCCCGCCCUCUGCUACACCCUCCAGAACAACCUCUGGUACUAUGCGCUGUCACACCUCGACCCCGUCACGGCGGCGGUCACCUCGCAGAUGAAGGUCAUCACGACGGCGGUCGCGACCGUGCUCAUGCUUGACCGGCGGCUCAACCUGCCGCAGUGGGGCGCCCUGCUCGUUCUCACGCUCGGCCUAGUUGUGAUGCAGCUGCAGGACAAGACCGGCGGAAACGGCAGCCAGGACCGCAACUCGCUCUCGGGCGCCGGGGCGAUGCUGCUUGCGACGAUGCUCUCGGCCUACUCGGGCGUCUUUCUGGAGAAGCUCUUCAAGUCGCUCCCGCUCACGCUCUGGCUGCAGUCCAUACAGCUCUCGCUCUUCGCGCUGCCGACCGCCUGGGUCAGCCUGCCUCUUAGAAGGAACCUGAUGGUCGGGUUCAACAUGGUCGUGUGGGUGGCGGUGGCACUCAACGCGCUCGGCGGCGUCGCCGUCUCGAUGGCGCUCAAGUUUGCGGACAACAUCCUCAAGACUUUCGCCGUCGGAAUCUCGAUUGUGCUCAACGCCGUGGCCUCGGCCCUCCUCUUCGACGUGCCGGUCACGGCGCGCGUCAUCGUCGGUGUCAACAUGGUCGUCCUCUCGACGCUGCUCUUCAACCUGGCGUCGCCCGGCAGUCCGCUCGCCGACCGCAUCGCGAGAGCGUGCGGGAAGCGGACAGGGCGCGACCCAGGAGUGGCGCCGGUGCGAGCCAUCGCGAGCGAAGGCACGGCGCUGCUCAAGGUGACGUCCGGCGAGGAGUCCCUUUCGGACCCCGAGUCGCAGACGCCCUCGUCGAUCCACUCCCUCGCCGCAAGCCGCGGCAGCCGCAGCCCGCGCACGCCCGCGCGCGCCGUGUCGGACCCGGCGCCGCAGCUGGGUAAAUGGCGAUCUGCGGAGGAGUCGCUAGGGGCAGGGUUCGAGGAGACGGGCGGGUGCGGUGUGGCGGCCGCUGGCACCGCGGCCACCGCCGAGCAGCAGACGUGGCUCCGCCGCGGUCCGAGCCCCAGUCACGACUCGCCGACCGGCGGGUCAUGACGCCCGCAGUGACAGCUAACACACACACCCACACACAGUGCAAACUGGCCAGCGCGCAGUCUCAUCGCGCCUACCUAUUCGUGCUCUCUUUGCACAGCGUCGCGGUUUUCCCGGCUAGGGCGCGUAUAGCCUCUACGUGAACACCGUCCACGUUUC